AUGGGCGACCUAAAAAGACUGCUCCAAGAAACCUCCACGGACAUAAAAGCACACAGGGCCGCGGAGCUUGAGAAACAGAUAACAGGGCUCAAGGGUAACAUUGAGGCCCUCACCUCCCGCACCAACAGGGCAGAGACCCAAAUUGCAGGCCUCACCCAAAAAUCAGAGGCCCAUCGGAGGGAAAUGGGUAACAUGCAGGACAGGCUACUCCAACUUGAAGAUGGCCUCGAGGACCUGAACAACAGAUCCCACAGAAACAACAUCAGGAUCCGAGGCCUCCCCGAAUCUGUGACCCCAGAUGCUGUACUACCAAGUGUCAG